AUGGCCGUGACUGCAUCGUCGACGACGUCCCCCGUCGCCGGCGGCGGCGGCGGCUCCGGCCGCUCCGCUCACCUGACCGCCGGCUUCACCCGCGUGAGGCUGACGGAAUCGCAGUUCGUGGUGCAGAAGCCCUACGACGUGCCCCUCCGCGAGCGCUACGAGCAGUCCGGCGGCGUCCGCCGUAUGUGGGUCUUCGCCACCGACAAGCCCAUCAGCGCCUCCCACCCCGGCGUCGCGCGCACCGAGAUCAAAGUUGACAAGAUCUACAGCUCCGGUGUGUGGCAGUUCGAGGGCGACGUGUUCGUCCCGUCGGGCACGUCGGGCGCGUCGGUGAUGCAGAUCUUCGGCGCGGCGCCGCCGCACGCCUCCACGCUGAUGCUGCACGUCUACGGCGGCCGCCUCACCUACUACCACGACCUCACGAAGGUGCUCGCAGCCCGCGUCUACGACCGGUGGGUCCGGCUCAACGUCGCGCACGACGUCGCGGCAGGGAACGUGACCGUCUUCGUCGACGGCCAGAGGCGGCUGAGCGCCGCCGGCCACGGCGGGACCGAGCACUACUUCAAGUUCGGGGUGUACAAGCAGUCGCACCACCAGCCGUCGCGGCGCAUGGAGUCGCGCUGGAAGAACGUGGCCGUCUACACCAAGCCGUGA